AUGGAGAAUAUUGUUAAGCCUCGAAAGUUCAAGUACAGAGCUCUCGAAAACCGACGUGCCAAGCGUAGGAAAUUGAAAAAGAUGCCUGUACUGUCUAUAACCGACCUGGACCCGAGUGAGAUUCCGCAUCACUUCAACCUCACUCACUGUCUGCCUACCGAGUUUGAACUUUCUCCUAGCAAGACUGAGAUGAUUUCUCUCCCUCCGUAUCUAAACUCCAUCCUCGUAGACUAUGACACAGCGACCGGUGGCUCACCUACAAACGAGGCCUUCAUACGAUCUCGUAUUAAUGUGAUGAUCCUGACAACUCUGGCUAAGAUGAAAAGCGAGUUUAUUGCAAAGCCCAGUACAUCCGUUGCUUGCUCUGCAUCACUCAAGUCGGUUCACUUGCAAUUCGACCGCAAGAUGGAAUUCACUUGGAAACGCGAUUCUCAACGGGUAAGAUUCUUCGGCAUCGUUGACUACUCUCUUUGGUAUGGCACGCCCGAUGAACAUGCGACCAAUCUGGCAAUAGUUGAAGCAGAAAGACCAGAUUUGCUCAAAAGCGGUAUGUUGCGGUGUCUUGCAUACAUGGCCAUGAUUCAUGAGACAAGGAAGCGGGCUAAGAUUCCAGACACGUCAGUGUAUGGAAUCGCAACGGACAGUUUCAAGUGGGCGUUCAUCCGGAUUCGUCCAAAUGGCGAGUGGACUGAAAAGACCUACCACUGGGCGCACAGUGCGCAAGAAAUUGUCUCGAUGCUGGCAAAGAUUCUUGCUCAUGCUGCGCGAUUCGAUCCACAGACCGGCCGCAAAAUAUGGAACCAAGGGUCUGAAUGCGAGUUCUUAGCUUCUCUGAAGCAGCUGAAUUCAAAGCCAAGUUCCAAAAGAGAAGAUCAGAGGACUGGACUAUGCCAUGCACACACCAUCUAG